UAUUUACAGAGCAUUGCAUUGGAUGCCUCACACGUCAGUUCAGUAAAAUACAUCUUGCUAUAAAAAUUGCAAAUUCGUCUUAAUGUUACACGUACAGUAUUUCGUAUUAAUUAAUUUAGUGUGUUUAGUAGUUAGACAUGUUAAUACGUUAUCGUGGUAUGAACGAGAACAUGGACAUACUGAUAUAUUUCACCGAAGAUCUGAGCAUGAACAUUGCGAAUGCGGAAAAAAAAUUAUUUCACCAUCGUCCAGAAUCAUUGGAGGGAGAGAAGUUUUCGAAAAUGAAUAUCCCUGGAUGGCUGGUAUUAUAAGUAUCAAUAGAUCACAAGUAAUUUGCGGAGCAUCAAUUAUAAACGAUCGUUACGUGAUAACAGCAGCGCAUUGUAUAAUUUAUGGCAAAGAUGAUCUGAAAGUAUCUGUCGGUGCUCAUAAUUCAUGCAAAUGGGAUUCGAAAAGUAUAAUCUUUUCUGUUAAGAGUAUUUUUCCACAUCCAAAUUACAAUAGAGAAACAAAUUUCGCAGAUAUUAUGCUCGUAAAAUUAAUUAUGAGAAUUUCCUUCAACAAAUUUGUCAAACCAAUUUGUUUACCAAAACUCGAACUUGAUGCAGUCUCUCAAUAUGGAGGACAAUCCGUAUCUGCACUUGGCUGGGGAUUUUCAGAAAGUGAUUUUUUAUUUAGUAAAAAAUGUGGUUUGCGUGUUGUGGAUUUGACAUUAUUUAAGCGAUCGGAAUGUCCUACUGAUAUUUCAACCUUUCUUUGUGCAGGAUCUAAAGAAUCACCACGUGGCACUUGUGGGGGUGAUAGCGGUGGCCCUCUUCAAAUACUGGAUGAAAAUUAUAAACACGUUUUAAUAGGAAUUACUUCAAGUGGAGUACUAUGUGCUAACGUUAACUAUCCGGAUUUUUAUACCGAUGUCACACAAAUGGUUUCAUGGAUAUUGCAAGUAACAAAACACGAUUCCAAGUACUGUUGGCACUGAUAUAAUUGAAACAAUCUUCCAGAUCAUAUAAUCAAAUACAAUAAAUAUAUAACUAUAUAUUUUUUAUAUAUGUAUA